GCCUGCUCCUGACAAUGGUCUGAGCCGAGCUCUGCUUCUCAAAGCAAAAUUUGUAAUAUGCCAUUUUUCCUAUGGAUGCUUCUCCUCCUGGCUGCUGACGAAGUGACCGAAGAAAAUGCUGAGGUGCCGAGCAGCUUGUCGUGCCGGAGGACGAGCGCGAGGGCUGGGGGUUUCUCGGAGCAGCGCCGGUGUCACCAUUGCUAGGAAGAUGGUCCGGGAGUGCUCGGCUGCGUGAGUCCCCGGUCGGAGCCGGUGCAGACUGCGGUUAUUAUUGAUCAAGUGCAAUAGCAGACGCCGAAAUAAAAGACACUAGAGAUGAUGUGCGAAGUGAUGCCUACGAUAAAUGAGGACACCCCGAUGAGUCAACGGGGGUCCCAGAGCAGUGGCUCGGACUCGGAUUCUCACUUUGAGCAGCUGAUGGUGAAUAUGCUGGAUGAAAGGGACCGUCUCCUUGAUACUCUCCGGGAGACACAGGAAAGCUUGUCGCUUGCACAGCAACGCCUACAGGAUGUCAUAUAUGACAGAGACUCCCUUCAGCGACAGCUUAACUCUGCACUGCCUCAGAUGACGGUUGCUGCUGGUACGAGCAUUGAGAAUAACAUUCAAAGGACCAUAUCCUGCCCUAAUGAAUUUGCUGCACUGACAAAAGAAUUAAAUGCAUGUAGGGAACAGCUGCUUGAAAAGGAGGAGGAGAUUUCAGAACUGAAGGCCGAAAGAAACAACACGAGACUGUUACUGGAGCAUUUGGAGUGCCUUGUCUCAAGACACGAACGAUCACUGAGGAUGACAGUGGUGAAACGGCAAGCACAGUCUCCCUCAGGAGUUUCCAGUGAAGUUGAGGUCCUCAAAGCUCUGAAGUCUCUGUUUGAGCACCACAAGGCUCUGGAUGAAAAGGUAAGGGAACGACUGAGGGUUUCUUUAGAAAGAGUCUCUGCACUGGAAGAAGAACUCGCUGCUGCUAAUCAGGAGAUUGUAGCUUUGCGUGAACAAAAUGCACACAUUCAAAGGAAAAUUGCAGCUGGUGAAGGGCCUGCUGAAUCAGAACAUAUUGAAGGAAUGGAGCCAGGGCAAAAGGUUCAUGAAAAGCGCUUGUCGAAUGGCUCCAUAGACUCAAAUGAUGAAACCAGUCAAGUUAUAGAACUCCAGGAGCUACUUGAAAAGCAAAACUAUGAAAUGGCACAAAUGAAGGAACGUUUGGCUGCACUGUCAUCACGGGUGGGAGAGGUAGAGCAGGAAGCAGAAACUGCCAGGAAGGAGCUCAUUAAAACAGAAGAAAUGAACAGUAAAUAUCAGAGAGACAUUAGAGAGGCAAUGGCACAAAAGGAAGAUAUGGAAGAAAGGAUCACUACACUGGAGAAGCGCUACCUCAGUGCACAGAGAGAAUCCACCUCCAUACAUGACAUGAAUGACAAGCUGGAAAACGAACUGGCAAACAAAGAAGCCAUCCUACGUCAGCUGGAAGACAAAAACAGACAGCUGCAAGAGCGUCUAGAGUUGGCAGAACAGAAGCUCCAGCAGACAAUGAGGAAGGCAGAAACCUUACCUGAAGUGGAGGCUGAACUGGCUCAGAGAAUUGCAGCUCUGACUAAGUCUGAUCCAACCUCUUCUACCUCAUCUGGUGAUUAUCAAUAUGUUAUGGAAGCUAAACUACAAGAAAUGAUCUCCAUACGUAGGAAGGCAGAAGAAAGACAUGGAAACAUUGAAGAACGUAUGAGACACUUAGAAGCUCAACUUGAAGAGAAGAAUCAGGAACUUCAAAGAGCAAGGCAAAGAGAAAAAAUGAAUGAGGAGCAUAACAAAAGAUUAUCAGAUACUGUAGACAGACUUCUGACAGAAUCCAAUGAACGCCUUCAGCUGCACCUAAAAGAGAGAAUGGCAGCACUUGAAGAAAAGAACGUGUUGAUUCAAGAGUCUGAAAGUUUCCGGAAAAAUCUGGAAGAAUCUUUACAUGACAAGGAAAGACUUGCAGAAGAAAUUGAGAAACUGAGAUCUGAACUGGAUCAAAUGAAAUUGAGAGCUGGUUCUUUAAUUGAACCCACAUUGUCAAGGCCUCAUCUGGACUCAUCAGCAGAGUUGAGGUAUUCUGUGGGCUCACUGGUGGAGAGCCAGUCUGACUAUCGGUCAACUAAGGUGAUAAGGCGACCUAGAAGGGGACGCAUGGGAGUACGCAGAGAUGAACCAAAGGUAAAAUCACUUGGAGAUCAUGAGUGGAAUAGGACUCAGCAGAUUGGUGUUUUGAGCAGUCAUCCAUUUGAAAGUGACACUGAAAUGUCUGACAUUGAUGAUGAUGAUAGAGAAACGCUUUUCAGCUCCAUGGACCUCUUGUCACCAAGUGGCCAUUCUGAUGCCCAGACGCUGGCCAUGAUGCUUCAGGAGCAGCUAGAUGCAAUCAAUAAAGAAAUCAGGUUAAUCCAAGAAGAAAAAGAGUCAACAGAACUGCGUGCUGAAGAGAUAGAGAACAGAGUGGCUAGCGUGAGUCUGGAAGGCUUAAAUUUAGCCAGAGUCCAUCAAGGUACAUCCAUUACUGGCUCAGUGACAGCAUCAUCACUUGCAAGCUCUUCCCCUCCCAGCGGACACUCAACUCCUAAACUCACCCCUCGCAGUCCUGCCAGGGAGAUGGAUAGAAUGGGGGUUAUGACACUGCCAAGCGAUCUAAGGAAACAUCGGAGAAAGAUUGCAGUAGUCGAAGAAGAUGGACGUGAAGAUAAAGCCACGAUCAAAUGUGAAACUUCUCCCCCUCCAACACCCAGAGCUAUCAGAAUGACUCAUACCCUUCCUUCUUCAUACCACAAUGAUGCCAGAAGUAGUUUACCUGCUUCAUUGGAGCCAGAAAGUAUUGGUCUUGGCAGUGUCAGUAGCAGUCAGGACUCCCUGCACAAAGCUCCAAAGAAGAAAGGAAUCAAGUCCUCGAUAGGACGAUUGUUUGGUAAAAAAGAGAAGGCUCGACUUGGACAGCUCAGAGGUUAUAUUGAAACAGAAGCGGCAGCACAAGAGUCUCUGGGAUUAGGCAAACUUGGAACCCAAGCAGAAAAAGACCGAAGGCUAAAGAAGAAACAUGAACUUCUGGAAGAAGCUCGGAGAAAGGGUUUGCCCUUUGCCCAGUGGGAUGGGCCUACGGUGGUCGCCUGGCUGGAACUCUGGCUGGGAAUGCCAGCUUGGUAUGUGGCCGCCUGCCGUGCCAAUGUGAAGAGUGGAGCCAUCAUGUCUGCUUUAUCUGACACCGAGAUUCAAAGAGAAAUUGGAAUCAGCAAUCCUCUUCAUCGCCUAAAACUCCGAUUAGCAAUCCAGGAGAUGGUAUCACUCACAAGCCCAUCGGCACCUCCAACAUCUAGAACACCCUCAGGCAAUGUUUGGGUGACCCAUGAAGAAAUGGAAAAUCUUGCUGCUCCAGCUAAAACGAAAGAGUCUGAAGAAGGCAGCUGGGCCCAGACACUGGCCUAUGGUGACAUGAACCACGAGUGGAUAGGUAAUGAAUGGCUGCCCAGCCUGGGCUUACCUCAGUACCGCAGUUACUUCAUGGAGUGCCUGGUCGAUGCGAGGAUGUUGGAUCAUCUGACGAAGAAAGAUCUGCGUGUGCACUUGAAAAUGGUGGACAGCUUCCAUCGAACAAGCUUGCAAUAUGGAAUCAUGUGUUUAAAGAGAUUGAAUUAUGAUAGAAAAGAACUGGAAAAGCGAAGAGAAAUGAGUCAGCAUGAAAUAAAAGAUGUGCUGGUGUGGAGCAAUGACCGCGUCAUCCGCUGGAUCCAAGCGAUCGGCCUACGGGAAUACGCAAACAAUAUUCUAGAAAGCGGUGUGCAUGGUUCCCUUAUAGCACUGGAUGAGAACUUUGAUUACAGCAGUUUAGCUUUACUAUUACAGAUUCCAACGCAAAACACCCAGGCACGGCAGAUCCUUGAGAGAGAAUACAACAACCUUUUAGCACUAGGAACUGAAAGACGACUUGAGGAAAGCGACGACAAGAACUUCAGGCGCGGCCCCUCCUGGCGACGACAGUUUCCCCCCCGUGAGGUCCAUGGCAUCAGCAUGAUGCCCGGCUCCUCUGAAACGCUGCCGGCCGGCUUCAGGUUGACCACGACCUCAGGGCAGUCCCGGAAAAUGGCAACUGACGUUGCUUCAUCACGACUGCAGAGGUUAGACAGCUCAACAGUUCGCACAUACUCAUGCUGACAAGGCCUAGCAAAGACGCCAGCACUGAAUUGCUAUGUCAUCUCUUUCUUCUACUUUACCUGAAGUGCACUACCACUACUUAGGAAAAAAGAACAUUAAAACUCUCUGCAAGAACAGGGUAAUAGGGAAGAGAACACGAAGUUUCACAGAUCUGACGUUCUUUUCACAUUUUGGUUAAUUUAAAACAAGAAUGCUAAUAAUGAAAAAUCUAAAUUACUUAAAAACAAGCAAACAAACAAAAAACUAAGAGAAUAGCAAAACAACCUCCCCCUUUCCUCUCAGCAUUUCUGUCAUCAGAAAUUUGGCAGUAGUACACAUCCAAAGCUUUUAUCAAAUGAAGCCACUCAUUUUUACAUUGUUCCAUCUGUUUUACUGUAAAAUACUAGACAUUACGUAUUUACUGUGUAUGUAUUUCUUUUAAAAUGUGUAAGUCUUAUGUAAAUGGUUAUAAAUAUGAUUUUUUAAAAAUAAAAUCUAUGGUACAUGGGGUCUCAGUGCAAACAUUUGAAAAUACAGUGUCAAUAAUACUGUUUGUAUCUUUCCAUUCCACCAUUUUUACAGUUUUUGGAUUGUAAAAGUCAAACAGAUAUGUUUAGCAGAGUUAGAAGCUUCAACAUGUUCCUACUGAAAAAAUCUGUCAAUAUUUAAAGCUGAACACCUGCCUCUGAUGAUGUAUAAUAGUACGACAUAACCUGGAACUGGAGCCAAAAUGGGCCUCUAAACACAAAAUGGAAAUGUCAGAUACUUAUAGAGAAGCACCACGAUGGCUCAACUCCUAAAGACACACACAUAAACCCAGAAGAACUGUUUACAGAAAAAAGAAAAAAAAAAAGAAAAAAGAAAAAAAAAAAAGCAAUUUAAUAAACACAAUUUAUAUGAAAACCAAAAACUUUCUUCUAUGUUACCUGCGGACCAAGAAGAAUCUUGCUUUACCAAGAGCCACCUUUUCGUUCCAGGAUCUUCAGACACCAGCCAGCAUUGGAAAAUUAAAUCUAGUGACUGUAUAGAAUGAGAUUCUCAAGUUUCCAAACAUAUUCCAUGAAGAAAAUGAAAGAAGCUAAACCCCACAAUUUCUUCAUCACAACAGGGCAUUAGACAGGCUGCUGUCUAACGCUACGCUUUUAGCCAAGAUGGCCUUGCUGAGACUUCACAGAAGUCUGUUUUAUCAGAGGAAAUAACUGAAAGACAGAGUGAUGAAUAUAUAGUGUAUAAAAGUUUAGAAGAGCAACUAUUACCUGCUGUGGCUUUAUUUGGUGGUGUUAUUGUUGUUUAUUCUUUGUUUAAAUGGGAAGUUUCAAAGUAAGACCUACUUAAUAGUCAUUUACCUAUUUGCUAUUUUUCUGCUGCUUGAUCUUAGCUCAAGACCUGUCUUUUAGUUAUUUCUUUUUGCAGUUUGAUCUGCAAUGUUUGCACGUACAUAAACAUUUGUUUUGUCUAUUUUCAUUUGGCAAACUUCAGUCAAUCAGAUGGUGAAAGAUUUUUCUCCCCCAAUGUCAAUAAAAAAGAAUUCAGUGCUA